AUGAGAGUUAACUCUACUCAGGUUUUAGAUUUCAGUCUGACUGCCUACUUUGAUUCUAAUGGUUUGAAUUAUUUCUACUUUUCUGUCAUAUUGUUCCUGUACGUGUUAAUCGUUGGUUGUAACGUUCUGCUCAUCGUGGUCAUCUGUGUGAACAGGACUCUACAUGAACCCAUGUACAUGUUUCUGUGCAGCCUGUUUGUGAAUGAGCUGUAUGGAAGUACAGGCUUGUUUCCCUUCCUGCUGAUUCAGGUUCUCUCUGAUGUUCACACCAUUUCUGCUCCUCUCUGUUUCCUGCAGAUCUUCUGUGUUUACACAUAUGCUCAUAUUGAGUUCUGUAACCUGGCUGUCAUGUCCUAUGACCGAUACCUGGCCAUCUGCUUUCCUCUGCAGUACCGCUCACUCAUGACUCCUUCAAAGAUCAUGAAGCUUAUUGCGCUAACGUGGUUCUUCCCUCUGAUUAAAUAUGCUGUUGGAAUUGCUCAGAUCCCAUUUCUGCAGCUGUGUGGAAACAUCAUUAACAAAGUUUACUGUGACGGCUUUUCCAUCAUUAAAUUGUCCUGCUCCUACUCCACAAACAGCAUCUUCAUAGGAAUCGUCUACAUGCUGACAGUCAUCCUUGGGAUUAUCCUUCUGAUCGUCUACACGUAUGUGAAAAUCCUCCGAGUGUGUUUUUCUGGGUCCAAACAGAUCCGGCAGAAGGCCGUCAGCACCUGCACGCCUCACCUGGCCUCUCUGCUCAACUUCUCCUUUGGCUGUUUCUUUGAUAUAUUUCAGAACAGGUUAGACACGAGUGCAGUUCCCAUCAUGCUGCGAGUCCUUCUGUCGUUAUAUUUCCUCACAUGUCAGCCUCUGUUCAACCCUCUGCUUUACGGACUCAACAUGUCAAAAAUACGACGCGUGAUUCAGCUCUUUGUUUUAGGAAAACUGUGA